AUGGAGCUCACCGGAUUCCUCGCUGCCUUGGCAGUCUUUCUGCCUAUCGUCUACGGCGCCCCUACCACGGCCGCCAACAGCCUUCACCCCGAGAUCCUCGCUGCCAUGAAGCGUGACUUGGGACUAGACGCUGAGCAGGCUCAUGUUCGUGUUGCUCGCGAGCUCAAGGCCACCGAGGUCAUCGAGCAGCUCCGUACCAAGGCUGGCAGCUCCUUCGGUGGUGCCUGGCUCGUCGAUGGCGAGCUCAAGGUCGCUGUCACUGACGAGGCCUUGACAUCCGAUGUUACCACUGCUGGCGCCACUGCUUUGGUCGUUGACACUCCUCUCUCCAAGCUUCAGGACGCCCAGAAGGCACUUGACAACCUCGACAUUGAGUCAGCCCUUGGCAAGCGCUCAGAGGCUGCUACCGGAAUUGCGUCAUACUAUGUCGACAUUGCCGCCAACAAGCUUAUCCUCGAGGCUCUUGCCGACAGCACUGCUCAGGCCGAGGAGCUGGCCAAGCAGGUCGGUCUUACUGAGUCCGAGUUCGAGGUCAAGACCGUUGAGGCUCUGCCAACCACCUUUGUCACGGUCAACGGUGGCGAUGCCUACUACAUCAACCGAGCUGGACGAUGCUCUGUCGGCUUCUCUGUCACUGGCGGUUUCGUUUCUGCUGGUCAUUGCGGUUCUGUCGGCAACACCCCCACCACCUCCUCCGGUACCACUAUCGGAACCUUCGCUGGGUCCGUCUUCCCAGGAAGCGGAGACUACUCUUACAUCCGCGGUACCACUGGAAACACCUACGCUGGCAGGGUCAAUAACUACAACGGCGGCACAAUCGCCAUAUCAGGCAGCACCGCUGGCGCUACUGGAUCCAGUGUCUGCCGCUCCGGCUCCACCACUGGUGUCUACUGCGGUACCGUUCGCGCUCUGGGAGCUACCGUCUCCUACGCUGAGGGCCGUGUUACUGGCCUCACCCAGACCAAUGUCUGCGCCGAGCCUGGUGACUCCGGCGGUUCUUGGUACUCUGGUUCUCAAGCCCAGGGUGUCACCUCUGGAGGCUCUGGCAACUGCCAAUCCGGUGGCACAACCUACUUCCAGCCCGUCAACGAGAUCCUGUCGGCUUACGGACUCACCUUGGCCCGUGGUUAG